GUGGAAAGGAUAUCGAUUGAGAAUCUCUGAGUUGGGAGUUGAAUUUUCAGGUGAUUUUGUUUAUAAGUUUUCAAGCUAUCGGGCUGUAGAAAUCCCUCCGUGGGGGAUUCUUUUCACUUUCCACGGGUGUGCAGUGAAUAAUGAUUGGUGGAAGAAUAGUGUUUUUUGUGAUUACAAUCCUUGCUCUCAGUGAAAAUGUUCGAGGGCGUUUUGACGUGGAACAAAUGGAGGCAAAUCCGGAUGCAAAGAGACUAUAUGAUGACCUUUUGAGCAACUACAAUCGUCUAAUUCGUCCUGUGGUCAAUAACACGGAGACCCUCACAGUAUGGUUGGGCCUAAAACUCUCCCAGUUGAUUGAAGUUAAUCUAAAGAAUCAGGUGAUGACCACUAAUUUGUGGGUGAAGCAGAAAUGGUUCGAUUACAAGCUAAAAUGGGAUCCUGAAGAGUAUGGCGGUGUUGAGAUGCUGUACGUGCCUUCAGAACAAAUCUGGCUCCCAGACAUUGUGCUGUACAACAACUGGGAUGGAAACUACGAAGUGACUCUUAUGACUAAAGCCACACUCAAGUACACUGGUGAAGUUUUUUGGGAACCUCCAGCAAUUUACAAAUCAUCCUGUGAAAUCAACGUUGAAUAUUUUCCAUUUGAUGAGCAAACGUGCUUCAUGAAAUUCGGCUCGUGGACCUACAAUGGUGCCCAGGUGGAUCUGAAGCAUCUCGAUCAGGUGCAGGGAAGCAAUCUUGUUCUCAUUGGGAUUGAUCUGUCGGAAUUCUAUCUAUCCGUUGAAUGGGAUAUUUUGGAGGUGCCAGCUAGUCGAAAUGAGGAGUACUAUCCCUGCUGUACGGAACCCUUCUCUGACAUCACCUUCAAGAUGACAAUGCGGAGGAAGACACUGUUCUACACUGUCAACCUGAUUAUUCCCAUCAUAGCUCUCACCUUUCUAACUGUGCUAGUUUUCUAUCUUCCCAGCGAUUCUGGGGAGAAGGUGACACUCUGUAUCUCCAUUCUUGUGUCGCUCACUGUGUUCUUCCUCCUUCUCGCUGAGAUUAUUCCGCCAACAAGUCUAGCUAUUCCACUUCUUGGAAAAUACCUCCUUUUCACCAUGAUUCUCGUCUCACUCUCCGUCUGGACGACUGUCUGUGUCCUCAAUAUUCAUUUCAGAUCACCAUCAACGCAUAACAUGUCUCCCAUAAUGCGACGAGUCUUCCUGCAUUUUAUGCCAAAGCUCAUGAUGAUGCGUCGAACGCACUAUUCCCUCCCUGAUUAUGAUGAUUCAAUGCCCAGCAAUGGGUACACCAAUGAAAUUGAUGUGAGAGACAGUAUUAGUGACUUCCCCGGUGACUACAAGGAUGCGGAUGGAAGUUGCGACAAUCUCGGGAAUCACGUUCAUUCUGUUGAAUCGGAACAAAUGUUCCCGCGCCAAAUAACCCCGGAACUCAUGCAAGCCAUGAAGAGUGUUCGCUUUAUUGCGCAACACAUAAAAGAUGCUGAUAAAGACAACGAGAUCGUUGAGGACUGGAAGUUUAUCUCAAUGGCUCUGGAUCGUUUCUUCCUAUGGCUCUUUACCUUUGCCUUCAUUGGCGGUACCCUGUGUAUCAUCUUUCGGAGUCCCUCUCUCUACGAUUUACGCGAACCAAUUUGGUUUACAAGAAAUGAUCGUUGAAGAUUGGAAAUUUGUCUCAAUGGUACUCGAUCGUUUCUUCCUCUGGCUCUUUACCCUUUCAUGCAUUGGCGGUACCCUGGGUAUCAUUUUUCAGAGUCCAUCGCUCUACGAUUUACGUCCACCCAUUGAUCAGCAAUUCAGUGAGAUUCCGCUGCGGAAGAAUAACUUUAUGCUACCGCCGGAUAUUAUUCGUAUGAAGCUGGAUUAGAAGCUCUUCCCCCCUUCCUGAAACCUCUUAGUAACCAACGUUAGUUAUUAUAUAGAAUUUAAAAAACAAA